AAGAAAACUGGAAUUUUGCUAUCAGUUUCUUAUGAAAAGAUAGAUGCUGCUAUUAGUAUUCAAGAUGUGUUAUUAGGUCAGCAAGAACAAGAUAUUGAUAUGUUGAUAGUAGAUUUGACCUCUCAAGAUCUGGAUCCAGAAAUUGAGCAUCAAUUAAAUAUAUAUUUAGAUCUCAACAAUUUGCCUAUUUUAAUUGAAGAAAAGCUUGAAGAUUCUGAAAUUAUCAAAAUUGUUUGA